AUGUCGAGCAAAGCAGCUCGGAUUGGAGAAGAGAUAUGGAAAACUAAGGUUGAUAAGGUCAACGCAGAGCUGGUAACGCUGACCUAUGGGACUGUCGUUGCCCAGCUCUGCGCGGACUACGAAAGUGACUAUCUGGAAGUCAACCGGCAGCUUGACAAGAUGGGUUAUAAUAUAGGCAUGCGACUCAUCGAGGACUUUUUGGCGCGGUCCGGGAUGGGACGAUGCACAAACUUCCGGGAGACUGCUGACAUUAUCUCAAAGGUUGGAUUCAAGGUGUUUCUCAACAUUACGCCUACUGUGACCAACUGGACAAGCGAUAACAAGCAGUUCUCGCUUGUGUUUGAGGAGAACCCACUGGCCGACUUUGUUGAGCUGCCUGACGAUGGACGAGCGCAGGACGAGCUAUGGUACUCCAAUAUCCUCUGUGGGGUGCUAAGGGGAGCACUUGAGAUGGUGCAAGUUCAGGUUGAAGCGCAUUUUGUUAGUGAUAUCCUUCGGGGCAAUGACACUACAGAGAUGCGAGUUACUCUCGUCCGCUACCUGGAGGACGAGCUGCCUCCAGAGGAGUGA